AAAUUCCAGUAAAGACUUGGACUCAACAAUUGUAGGAUGGAAUUUAAUCGUCCCGAGACGUGUAAAACGGGAGAGUUUGUGAAAUCAAGCAUACUCCAAGGUGUGCUACUCUGCAGUAUAGUAGCUGUUGUGGUACCAGGGGUUCAGUUACGCACACGGAACGGCUCAUUGCCGCUCGUCAACAGGUUCUGUUCCUUCUCAGAGUAUUCGUCGAAUGCGGACUGCGUUCAAAGCCACUAUCGGCUCAUUUGCAGAGGAGGUUUUACCUCCUAUUGGAUUAAGGACAUCAGGUACGAUAUAACACACUUAAGAGUGCUGGAGUGGCCCGGAGAAUGCUUCAGCGUUGGAAGUCUGGAGUACUACUUCCCUGGAUUACGUUUCUUGGAGUUCAUAAAUUGUACACGUUUGAAAAACUUCAAGGGAAGCUUUAAUGAAGCCAGUAAAAUUGAGAAGUUAACUAUGCAAGGACUAUCGUCUUUGUGGGAGUUGCUACCAGGAGUCAUAGUUAGAAUGCCGUAUUUACGAGAAUUAGAUCUCAGAAGAAAUAUGUUAAGGCAUAUGAAAGCACCGUUGUUAUAUGGACCGCCACGUUUGGAACGAGUGCAUUUGAGCGGAAACACUUGGGAUUGCAGUGACGGCGGUUUGGAUUGGCUAGCGAUGGAACAAGAGAACGGUACAGCAAGACUUCGUAUUGCAGACUAUUACGAUUUGGUUUGCUACCAAAAAUUGUAUAGAGGAAAACCUCUGCACAAAGUUAUGGAUAUUAUUAAAACGACGAAGCUAACUUGUCCAGAUCCGUGCGUCUGUAUUAUGACGCACGUGGUAUCGGAUCCGACCGGCGCUGUGAUACCACUAAUAACAGUGAACUGUUCGAGACGGCAGCUCGAGGAGCCGCCGCCGGCCUUGCCGCCGAGCACCACCACACUCCGCCUUGAGGGCAACAAGAUCAAUACAAUAAGAGGUAUAAUACAAAAUCCGCAUUACACGAAGCUUGCGGAUCUUUACCUGGACAACAACAGCAUUUCAGCAGUGAAAGAGCUCGAGGGAUCCGAAUGGUUCUCAAAAUUCCGAGUGCUCAGUCUUCGCGGGAAUAUGCUCGAGCAGAUCCCAGUGUACGCGUUCGACAAGGCGUUCCAGGUCAAUAAUAACAUAAUGCACGUAUACCUUGGACAUAAUCCUUGGAGAUGUGACUGCCUCUACAUUCCUAGGUUCCAAGGAUUGCUGUUAAAAUACAAAAGGGUUAUACGUGACCUGCCGGAUAUCAAGUGUUCGAAGUCGAGCGAUAAGAAGACCUCAUUAGCGCAAAUCAGUACAAUACCUUUGGGAAUCGUGUGCACUGCGGACUCCGGGAUGCCGAUAAGUUUAGUGAAUAUCGUGAACCUGGUGCUGUUACUACUCAUUUUAUUAGUUGUCGGAAAAUUUCUAUACGACUGGCGCAGUUUUAAAUCUACCGGGAAAUUGCCGUGGCUGUCCUCGAUACUACCGUGAAUUUUAUUUUAUUGGUGCUAAAGUUGGAUAGUGGAAUGAGAGAGAACAAAAAUCUUACUAAGAUAAAUGAAAACUCCGUAAAUAUGUUUAGUUGAUAAGAAGUAAAAGAACCAUCGGAUUUGGAUGAAAUUUUGUAUACAGAUUGUGUUUUGGAGUAACUUAUACGCUAUUUUUUAACAACACCAGAAGGUGUAGUCGAGAUGCCUUUUUCACAAUCGUUAACGCUAUAGAAUAACAGUCUAUCGAUAAGUCUAUCGCUAGGAUGUCAUAACUCAUACAUAGUAUUAGCGUUAGCGUUGUAGAAAGGCAUUUUGGUUAUGGCCUCUAUUAUGUGUGGACUUUACUGCUUAGCAUAAACUUAUACUGUAACUUGACUUUAGUCAAUUAGGUUAAUUUUAUGUGCUUUACCCUAAAAUGGAUAAACAAACAUACUAUUUAUGCAAACGGAAUUUACGGACAUUUAUUUAUUAUAAUUCUCUUUUGCAUGUCAUACAUGCAGGAGAACGUGCUUGUCACUAAUCGUAUCAAAUGGAGGCAGUAGACUCAUAUUGUGAUAAUUUUAGAAUUUGUAAGUAAGGUUUACUGCUUAGUGGCUGUUUAAAACGUAAUUCUAUAAAAAAUGUGGUAUAAAUACUAUUUACGGUAAAAUAUUGUGUUAUGCAUGUAACUACAUAGAUUUAUAUCGUAAAUAUAAUAUGCAUAAAUAUUAUUUUUUUAAUACCAGGAUGGGAUAAUUUUAUAAAAACGACACCUCGACCUCGUAAAGCAAACAUUGGCGAGCGUCGCGCGUUAUCAUUCAUGAAAGUGAUGUUAAUUAAUAAACACAUAGUCUAUCAUAUUCUAGAACUAGAGUAUCGACCUACCGGGUCCAAUUUUGAAUCUAAAUCAUUCAAGGACUCACCCGAAAACACUUAAAUAUUGAAUCCAAUUCGGGCCAACUGUUUAGAAAGAGUUUAUUACACACAUGUAGAAAACAAUCAAAACGCAGCUUACACAUUCAUCAUAUGCGCGAAGUUACAAUAGCAAGUGUUCUAAAAUUUUCCAUUUUUAUUAAUUUGCCUUUCCGUAAGAACCUUCUAGAAAAUGUUAGAGAACUUUAAAAUAAGAAAUGAAAUCGGUUAAGUUGUUCUCAAGUUUUGGCAUGAUCAAGGGAAAUAGGGAUUCUUUCUUAUUUAUAGAUAGUUAGACUAUGUAAAUGUGAAAAUU